AUGACUGAGAGAAUGACAUUGACUUUUCAUUCUCCGAUAAUGGAAGAGACCGAGAAGAAUCUAACGACAGGAACACUUGAGCAGCGUAAAGAGGCUUUUAAAGACGACGAAGAGCUGAUGAAGGAAACGACGAAAUUCGUGACGGAAGUAAUUGAAACGGCGACUACGGAAGCUUCCAAAAGAAAAUAUCAAAUAGAGGGAGCCGAUGCGAGCGAAGGAAGUAGAUUGAAGGGCGGUGAUCGCAUCAGCGGCUGGAACACCCGAGCUCGUGGCUUCUGCAAUCGAAUACUGAAUGCACUUUGCCCCUGCCUCACCAACAAUGGUAAAUGA